CUUUCCCGAAUGUGGAUUAUGAUUGGCCUGUCCGAUUCCAAGUGACCAAUCGUAAUGCAGGAAAUAUUUCAACGUCAAGGUAAUGGACGAGGAAAAAGGCUCACGAGGAUCGAUAAUCGCGAGGAAACUUUUUUUUUUUUAAAUAACGGGCGAGCUCGAGACUGUCCGAGAUCGGAGUCUUACCUUCGUCCGUUGGUUUUGAACAUUAAAUUGACCUUAAAAUAAAUAACUUUAGUUCACAAUCGUGUAAGGAAAUUGCUAAAAGAGCUCAUUUCAUCGAGACGAGUAAUUAAUUUGCUGUUGUUAGCAAUGGAGGUAAAUAAUGCCGUGAAAAGUAAAAUCAGUGUGGAUGCAAACGGAGCAAAGAUGCCGUUCGAUCUGUUUCAUGGUGGAGGAUCAGACUCGUGCUACUCCACAUACAAGUUUCAGAAUGAUUAUAGUGAAGAAAGUGGAAGACUGUCUGAGACUUUUACUCCAGAUUUCUCCUUCUAUGAGCAAAUGCCUCUACCCUACCAUUCCUGGGCAGUGCAGGACGAACCUUAUCAGCUGAUGGAUUGUGCUCAAGGCGCCCCCAAAAACAGGAAUCUUAAAGAUGGCAUUGACUGUGGGAGUGAGGCUGAUCUCUAUGGAUUAGUGUCCACCAUCUUGGAAGAGGUUGAUCCGAUGGACUCGUACUUCUCUCAAGAUAGAAUAUCAACUGGUCUUUCGAGUGGGUGGUCCCCGAAGUCCCAGACGGAGAACAGCUUGCAGUAUCUUAAUUCUGAGAUAAAGGUACAGUCUAGUUCUGGAGUGCAGCACAAUCCCGAGCCCGGCAUCAAACUCCAUACUCGUCCAAUGGAAAGAGACUCUGAUCAAAGUGCUGCCAUGUUACCGCAUUUCAGUAGCUUUGAGGCUGCUGACCCAUCCUGGCUCUUUUCCACUUGCAAUGGAGAAUCUAAAUCUGAAUCCUACACCCCGGCUUACCUGAAUUUACCCAGACCACCUCCUGGUCUUGAUAUCUCACAUGCCGUGAGGUCCCAUUUCCCCAAGAGCAGACCAGGUAAAUCGGAGCAUAGCGUGUCUGUCAAAGACAGCAGCUUUCGCAGCACCACUGAUGAGAUCUCUGAGAGCCUGGAUGCCAUUAAUGACCAUUGCUGCCUUCCAACCAAAAUGAAUGACUCCUACUUCAGCUCAUACCAAGAUUUUUCUGGAUUGAGUGGACCCAAAAUUGAAAGGAACAGACCAUUCUAUAUGCAGGAUGCCAGCAAGCUGGCCAACAACUUGGAGGCUCUUCUUAUGGGGGAGCAGGAGAGCAUGUAUAAUAGAGAAUCAGCUCAGAGCAAUGCCAUGAAAGCUCAGGAAGAAAACGUUGAUUUGAAGGGUUUACCUCUCCAAAGGAUGUCCACCUUUGAAGCUCAUAUUGCAAGUCUUAAGAGAGAAAUCACAAGGGAGCAAAGAGAUAGUGAGGUUGGGAAUAGAACUACUAAGGAGUUUGCUGAUUUUGGUCAGCAGUCAGCAGACUAUUUUGAACCUCCUAAACCCUUCUCACCCUCUUUCAACUUUUCAACUCACCAAAGCAAAGAAGCCAAUCAGAGAGAAGCAAAGAAUCUCCAGACCAGCCUCCAUCAGUACCAUCAUGGGCAGUCAAACCAGUACCACUGUUACACCAAGCCUCCACCCAAAACAAGCAUCAACACUGAUCCUCAAGGUACAUCUAAAUUCAUGUCUCAGUCUGUGGCUGAGUUUGUUCCUGUUCUGUCCCAGCAACAGAUGCAGAGGACUGCACCUAGAAUAUUCACUGAUUUUGGGCAGAGCGAUGGGAGGAUGGGUCGCGUGGGCCUGGGGUUGGGUCUGGAGAGCCUGGGUAAGAUAGGAGGCACUGUAGACAGAGGAGACUUUGACCUACAGUCAGAGAUGGGCAGGUUGCAGACACCAUCGGCCACAGGCUUUGUAGCUGAUGCGCACCCCUCUCUGCGUUUUGGAGUAAAAUCUAAAUCCACAGCUGGCUUUCUCAAAGAGGCAGAUAAGAAAAAAGGUCUCCUGCAAAACCCAUAUCGGAUUCUAAGCAAUAUGUAUGCGGGUCAGGCCAGACACAAUGGAGCCAAACCUGCACCAUCCCAGAUGUUUCCUUGCUUGUACCAGAUGGGAGUUUCUGGACAGAACCCAUGCCAAAUGUUCCCUUCCCGAUCCCCGCUGACCUACGGUGGCUCUGUGCCUGUAGUGGAUCUGAGUGAACUACGGCCAGAUGCGGAAUUCCCUGCCCUAAACCCCUACCUGCAGGAGAUGUUGGGGCCGAACCUAGCUGGAGGAGACGGGCCCUUUCCUGGGUUAAUCUCCAGCCUGAGGUCAUCCAACCAAAGCAACAGUCAUGGUGGCCCUAUGAGCCAGCUACACUAUUAUCUGGAAGAGUGCUAUGAACAGUGGAGAGUUUUGGAGAAAGAGAGAAAGAAGGCAGAAGCUACCCUGCUAAAGAGCUUCCCAGGCAAGUGUAUAUCUGUGAUGAACAGUAACUCUGUGCCCAAGCUGCCUCUCAACCCCACCAGAGUGGACAAGCUUAUAGUGGACCAGUUUCGAGAGCAAGCCAAGGUGGUGAGCUUGUUGGGGAAGAUGGAGCGCUUGCGGAGUUUCCCUCUCCAUGCUAAUAUCGGCUCGACACUGGACAGGCACCUAGAGGCCAUCUACAUCACUCAGGGUCGCCGCAAGGACGAGUUCCUUAACAGCAGUAGACAGAGGCAGGGCGUGGCUAACCUCAGAGAGGACAGAGAUAUCCUGCUUUUGGCCUCUGCACUGAAGGACCUGAGCAGGAGCACCAGGACGUCGUGCACCGCUCUGUGGUGCGCUCUGCAGAUGACUCUGCCCAAAAAAAGCACCAGCGCCGAGGACAGAGAAGAGGGGAGCAUGUGUUCAGUUUUAGCGCACGACAGUUCUGACCAGAUCGUCCUUGAAAAUGUGCUGUGACUUUCUGCCAGGCAGUCAUUCCUCUGUGUGUGUGUGUGUGUGUGUGUGUGUGUGUGUGUGUGUAUUAUUCUGAAGGGAAUGCUCAGUGAGGUGCUCAGUGGAGUGAGUGAAUGUUGUUGUGUAAGUUAUUAGACUGCAGUGAUACAGUAGGCUCAGUUCGGAGCAAUAGAUGGAAUCCUCAGUUCAGUAACAUUUAUCAGUCUUAUUAAUAAUCCCAAAUGAUAUAUAUGGUCAUACGAAUAUGGUCAACUUUUCCAAAGGAUAGUGGGCGGAAAGUAUUGCCGAGCCGUUUGGUCGGUGGAUUUCGAGAUGCCGCAUGUCUCUUGUGGACAGAAUGCUUAAGGACAGAGAGCAGAGAGAAAGAGAAAGAUGGAUCAGAAGAGCUGGAGUGAGAAGUGGAAGAGUUAGUGUGGGACAAGAUCCAGAAACAGAAAAGAACAGGGACGUUUUAUGUGUCGAAAAAAAGCGAUCAUUGGAAAAGAAUGUGAAGGUCAGCGAGUUUGAAGAAUAACGAGAUUGUCACCCUCUUGACCUGAGAUUUUAGUAGCAGUUACUCCCACUGGAAACAAAAGGCACAAUAUGUUGAGCUUUAAAAGUAAUUAAUCCUGGAUUAGUUUGACUUUGAUGGUUUGAUUAAUGUGCUUUAAAGAAACGUAAAUCCUGGGAGUAAACUGUAAGUUCAGGCUAUAUUUAUAACUUUAAUGUCCUUGUAUUUUACCUAUUUAUUGCAACAUGGUUACGUUGCAGCAUUUGGUUUCGAACAAUCAUAAUUGUAAAGUAUUUUCUCUCUGAGAUUCUUUUUGUUAAUUGUUUUAGUUUAUUUAUUUUCAAUAAGCAGUAUUCUAACUUGAGAUGAGGAGGCAUGAUAAACUAGUCAGCGUAUGUUUUCACGUACAGAGCAUCUCAAGUCAGGAUACAUCUCCAGAUCUCUUUCAGUAUUAACAAUCUUGUUGAAUCAGAUUUCUGUUUAUUUGAAGUUAAUAGAGACCGAAUCCCUCCGAAGACCUGGGAAGAAUGAUGACCUCUGCGUGAACGGAUAAUGAUGUGCCAGGGACUGUCAUUGUUCUAAUGACAAUUUUAAUGUUUCUGUUUCCGAUUAACGUUUCAUUGCACCUCUUUUUCGUUAUUAAUGAACACACUGUAGAACAAUAAAAGAACAGAAACCCAA